UUAAUCAUAUAUAAAGUGCGUUUCUCGAUAAUACCUUGGAUAAUUAUCUUCCCUUAAAUAUUUCUCCUUAUCCAAAAGCCAACAAACCACCCUGACGCCAUCCCACAUCACUUUCUCUUUCCUCCUGAAAACUCCAAUUCUCUUUCAUGGCGAUGUCACGACUUCCCCAGCCACAACCACACCAUCAACCUACACCUCCAUCUUCAUCACCAUUAUCUAACCUCGAAAUCACCAUCAUCUCCGGCAAACACCUUAAAAAUGUCAAUUGGAAAAAUGGCGAUCUCAAACCCUACGCUAUUUUCUGGGUUGACCCAGAUCAUAAACUCACUACCAAAUCCGACGAUUCGGGUAACACCAAACCCGUUUGGAACCAACGUUUUGUACUCCCUAUCACUUCCCCAAUUUCUGAUGCUUUUUUCUCUCUUGAAAUCUUCCAUUCAAAGACAUCAGAAACUCCUAAACCUUUUGUGGGUUCUCUUCAAGUUCGUCUUGCUUCUUUAACUGAACCUGAUAACCCGAAUUUGAUCCGGGUUUUUGAUCUUAUUCGACCUUCGGGUCGUCCUCAAGGGAAGAUCCGGUUAAAGCUUGCUGUAAAAGAGCAACACUUAACCCAUCAGCCACUACCACCACAACCAAAUUUUGGGAUGUUGGAUUAUCAAAAUACCCCUCAUGUUACUUAUUAUUACUCAUCUGCCCCUCCGUACACUCCUUCCAGGUCGGCAUCACCUGCUCCACCCGGACCACCCCCACAGUCUAGGGGGUACCCUUACCCGGCAGGCUCAGUUGUGAACUAUCCAGGGUACUAUCCUACAAGUGGGGCCAGGUCAUAUGGGGCAGGGGCACCAUCUGCACCCGUUGAUUAUACCCCAUAUGAGCAGAGAACAAGGGUGGGUGGUGGUGGCGGAUCCGGGUUUGGAUCUGGGUUUGCAGUAGGGGCAGUCUCCGGGGCGCUUGGUGGGAUUGCAUUGGAUGAAGGGUUGAAAUAUGAAGAAGAGAGGGUUGCUGAGAGGGUUGAAGAGAACUAUUUGGGUACUCCUAAAGGUGAUUACAGUGAUUACCGUGCUGAUUUUUAAGUAAAUUGAAUGGGAUGAUAAAUAAGUAUGCAGUUUGGGGAUUUGCUUCUCACAUUUCUUGGUUUUGUCUCCAACCGUUGAUAAGUGAGUGCCUUUGAAAUGACGAGGAGUCGAUGCUCCCUCUUGCCUGCACUUCUUCAGCUUCACAACUUUGGAAUCCUGGUCCCAUGCACUCCAUCUUUUUGACCUUAAAAUGAACCAUCUCUAUACAUUAUGAAGACUAGCUUGAUCAUUCAACUCUACCCCUUACCAUGCACCCAUGCAUAUGGAAUCAUAAUGGCAUCACUGAAGUCCUCUUAUUUUAAUUCUACCCUGGAAGAAUUUGAGUAUCUCAAUCUGUUGAUAUCUUUUUUCACCUUGAGGACAAGGUGGCAGUUUGGGCGGUAACUCUGCCAAAAUCACAAAUCUUUAUCAUUUUCUUUAAAUGUUAGAAAUGACAAUGAAAAUAAACUGUAAUUUUGUUACAUAAAUUAUCUACAAGAGUUAUAGUUAUGUAAUUCAUAUUCUAUUUUUUUCUUCAUGAAAUUCAUUCAUUUUUAAUCUAUUACCAUUUGAAAAGGUGAUAAUAUACUGACAUUAAAUGAUCAUGAAAAAUUGUGUAGCAAAAACUUGUUUGUGGAUGAGAGCUUUAUUACUACGGGAAUGACAUAACAUUCAAUUCUAUCAACCGAAAAGAAAGAAUGUUGUGAGGUUGUAAAUUAUUUUCUUCUGUAAAUAUAUUCAAGAUUUCAAGGAAGUAUUCGUGUCACUAAUAGCUUUGCCCCGAUUUAACUAUUUUGCAAAAUGAUUAGUUCAUAUUGACAUCUUUACUGUCAUUUCCUGUGUUUACCCCUUUACCGUCUUGUUCCCACUUUCAGUGGAGAUCUUUACUUAACAUUUCAUAAUCCAAUGGUGAGGUUUGGGAGAUUCAAAUGUACGCAAUUAAAAAUUAUCUUUAUAUGUUACAAACCAACAAAAAAAGUUGUUUUCGAUUGACUCUGGUUUUGAUAGUAAAUAUUAUGUGUAACUUUACAUAAAUAAGAAGUCCACAUGGUUUAUAAUUCGAAACCAAAAAAUUAUAAAUCUUUGACCCAUCAAAAUAAGCUACUUAAGUGGAGAUCUUUAAUGCUAAAAGUAAAUGCAUGUUCUUUUAGUCUUGCUAUCCACAUUGUUUCUUUUAUGGUAACAUCUUUUGAUUAUUUCACAUUCCUUUUUGACUCCUAAUUUACCUUUACUUGUAACAUGUGGGAAACUUGUUCAAUAUGUAUGAGUCAUGCCCUCUAAACCACUUCUCUAACUAGUUUAAUCAACAUCGAUUCACAUUCCAAGUAUGAACUCUAAAUUAAGAUCAAAAGGAACUAGUGUAUCUCAUUUUCUUACUCGUCCUCUGAGUUUGCUAGUUAGGAAAUUAACACAAACAUUAAUAAGUAGUUUAGUUAUUAUGAGUUAUUUUUCUUGCUACUUGUCUUGCCUUACUAUUUGUCUGGCCUAUAGCGUAUAGCCUAUAGCAUUUUUUGGGUUUUCUAUUGAUCAUUAUUGAGCCGAGGGUUUUACUUUCUCUAACCUCUUUAUCUUCUUUUAUAAAGGUAUGAUUUGUCUUCAUCUUACGCCCUUAGAACCCGAUCAUAUAUAUCGAAUGCGAUAAUAAUGAUGAAUUUAAUUGUUGGGGAAUAAGAAAAAAAAAUUAAACAGUAUCAGUCUGUGUGAAUGCUAUUAAAAGAGAAAGAGAUAUGUUGAUGAGAAUUAUAAAGGGUCGGGAGUCGGGACUUUUUCCAUAUAAGAAAACGUAACAAAUUAAGUAAUACGAUCGAAAAUGAGAAUGUAGCAAAUUUAGGAGUACUUUACUAGUUUUGUGGUGGGGUCCAUGGCGGGUUCUUAGCAUCAUUUGGGUAGUCGACCGCCUUGGGCCUCCAUAAAUAAAGGGUCUCAAAUGUUAAAUGGCGUUAUUCAGGCUCGAUUCAGAGCAACACUUUUUAAGUGAUUUAUUUGUAAAUUUUUUUAUAUUUGAAGAAAUUUUAGAAUAUAAUAUUACAAUAUUUUUUGUUUUGAAUUAUUUUUCUUCAAGUUGAAAAUUUUUUAUCUUUCAAUAUAAUAAAUGACCCCAUUUUAAAAGCCAUCACAAAAAAUUUUAACCUCCAAAAUCUUUGCUCCACCGCUAGUGGGUUCUUAGUGAAGUUUAGUCAACAACUUUGGAGCCACAUCUGUGAAUUUUGUGAACAGGCAAGAGAUCAAAUAUUAAAAAUUUGAUAAAGACUAAAAUACAAAUUAAUUUGGCUUGGAAACGUGAAGAAACUGUAGGAGAUCUUAGUGUAGAAUGUCCAUUAUCCUUUAGCAAGAUGGGGAAAUAAUAAUGGUAAGUGAGACUUAUUGUAUGAAGAAUAUUGCUCAGCAGCCUGUGGUGGGUGUUGUCUGGUAGAUCACUCCCUCCUAUGCCUCUACUUUGUGGAUUGUGGCCUUCCUAGAAAUGGUUACAUUUGAUUGUAUAGGUGUGAAUUAAAUU